AUGAAUGUGACUGGGAUAAUUAUUAACCACAGAGUCAAAGCAUUCAGCGUUCCAAAACUUUCCUCCUAUGCAAAAGCAGAGGACAAACUGUUCAAAUAUCUCUUUGGAAACUACCAGAAAUGGGUCCGUCCAGUGGAAUACCUGAACCAGACGAUCCGUGUCAAGUUUGGGCUGGCUAUCUCCCAGCUAGUUGAUGUGGAUGAGAAAAACCAACUAAUGACAACCAAUGUUUGGAUGAAACAGGAGUGGAUGGACAUGAAACUCAGAUGGAACCCUGAUGACUAUCUGGGCAUCACAACUGUCCGAGUCCCCUCUGACAGGAUCUGGCUCCCAGAUGUUGUACUGUAUGAUAAUUCAGAUGGACGGUUUGAGGGAACUGUCACCAAGGCUGUUGUUAAGUAUGAUGGAACCAUAACAUGGACACCUCCAGCCAAUUACAAGUCAGCCUGCACCAUCGAUGUCACCUUCUUCCCUUUUGACCUCCAGAACUGCUCCAUGAAGUUUGGCUCCUGGACAUAUGAUGGCUCCCAGGUGGACAUCAUUCUGGAGGACUUCCAUGUGGACAAGCAGGACUAUUUUGACAACGGUGAAUGGGAGAUAGUGAAGGCCACAGGCAGCUGUGGUUUGAGGACUGAUGGCAGCUCUUCUUAUCCCACCAUCACCUACUUCUUUAUUAUCCGCAGGUUGCCUCUUUUCUACACCCUCUUCCUCAUCAUUCCCUGCAUUGGCCUGUCCUUUCUCACCAUCCUCGUCUUCUAUCUGCCUUCAAACGGCGGAGAGAAGAUUUCUCUCUGCACCUCAGUGCUGGUGUCGCUCACUGUCUUCCUCCUGGUCAUUGAAGAGAUCAUCCCCUCCUCUUCCAAAGCAAUCCCUCUUAUCGGGGAGUACCUUGUCUUCACCAUGAUCUUCGUCACCCUCUCCAUUAUCAUCACUGUCUUUGCCAUCAACAUCCACCAUCGCUCUUCUUCUACGCAUAAUGACAUGGCACCCUGGGUGAGGAGGAUUUUCCUGCAUCGAUUGCCUAAGCUGCUGUGCAUGCGCAGUCACGUGGACCGUUAUGCGACAGCUGGGGUUUCCAGAGUGGGAGGACCUGUAGGAUUGGGCAGGAUGAAAGACUCAGAUCCUGAGCUCACACCUCUCCUCCACAACCGACACAACCUACAAGCAGCUUUGGAGUCCAUUCGCUACAUAACCAUGCAUGUGGUUAAAGAAAAUGAGGUCAGAGAGGUGGUACAGGACUGGAAGUUUGUAGCCCAGGUUCUGGAUCGAGUGUUUUUGUGGGCCUUCCUCCUGGUGUCAAUCCUCGGCUCUGCUCUCCUCUUCAUUCCAGUUAUUUACAAAUGGGCCAACAUCAUCGUCCCUGCCUAUACUGGAAGCACUCUUUGAAUUAACAACAAGUGGAAGCAAAGCACAUCAACAGCUCUUUAUGGUCUUAUUUGACAUUUGAAAGUAUAAGAUACUAAGACUGCCAUUCAGAUAAAGGCCCUGUUCUGGGUGUCUGUGUCUUUCUGUGAGCUACAGCCAUGCCAGAGAUCAAGCUGCAGCUUCAGGGGCCUUGUUUGCAGAUUGUAGAGACACGUGCUGUCACAAAUCCAUACCACAUUGAGGGUGUCGUGCAUUCAGACUGGAAGCUUGACAAAGUAGACUAUAGUCAAAUCAGAGAGCGUGCAUACUGAUUCUGUCAGCUUGUUAGUGUGCUGUUUAUGCACAACAUUAUUCCACAAUGCAGUGCACAAGUGAAAUAGAGGAGCUGCUCACGGCUGGAAGCUGGAAGGUGGUGGAAACAGGGAAGAUACUGGGAAAUCUCUUUAAAACAACAGCAAAACAGUUUAAACAGUACACUUUGGCAAAUUGUAUGUUGCAGAUAUUAUAUAGAAUUGGUGUGAAUUUGGUUUCAACCUGUAGUGUGGAACUUUUGUCUCCCCCUUCAGCCAAUGAUGACACUGUUGGCGCAUGCUUAAGAUGUAUGCCUCGCUGUUGAUCUUUUCAGACUGUAUUCCUUCCUUAAAAUGCAGAGUGUCUUUUUCAUCAGUUUUCUUGGACUCUUAAUCCCAGUUGCUGUAGCCUACUCCAUCUCAGUCACUGCGGUUGCUCUUCUCUUCAGCUCCGGCAAGCCAACCAUUGCUGGUUGACGAUAACUGCAUCGCGGUCAGAUUUGAAACUCCAGAUUCCUGCGAAACACGGAGAGAUUUACCUGGUGCCGGUAGGCCUGGAAGCAUUUUGUGAAUUCGUUUGGCAAGGGGCUUGAAUGUAAAAGUCAUGAGAAAGUCCUGCACUUUAGCUUUUAGGAUUCCAAAUUCUGUAUUCCUGGGAUUAAAAAUGAUCUAAAGAAGAUGAGCUGCAUUUUUGUCCGCAUCUUAUACAUAAAUAAAUGACAGUACAAUACA